AUGCAACGAGCACCGCCGGAAACGCCGUCCAUAUUGUUCAACAAGGGUGACAAAAUCGAGGUCCGGAAGCAGAACGGCGCGGUAGUAAUAUGGCUCCCCGCCACCUUUCUCCGCUCCUCCCAGAGCCAAAUGCGGGUGCGGUUCGAGAGCCCGAGUGAUAACGGCGAUCAGGCAUCGCGUUUUCGCAGGGAAAACGUUGAAGCCGGGAACGUCAGGCCGGCCCCGCCGCCGGAGCUCCACCGGUACUUGAAAGUUGGGGAAAUGGUGGAGGGUCUCUGCAGGGAGAAGAAGGGCUGGAGGAAGGGGCAUGUCGUGGAGAUACUGGAAAACUCGAGGUAUACGGUGUCGUUUGAAGGCGAGGGGCAAGAGGACUAUGUGGCCGAGAUGGAACAGUGGGAGUUGAGGGCUUUCCGGGAAUGGGUCGAUGGGUUCUGGGUCCCGCCUUUUCUUCUUCAAGAAGUAUUGCAGAGAACGUCAUCAGAGCCCGAGACCAAACCAACAGGCUUGAUAGUCAAGAUAAAAUGCAGCUCGAAAGUGUCGAAGCUGAAAUUUUCUGAUGAAAUGUUAGUGGAGGUCAAAAGCAAUGAGGUCGGUUUUGAGGGUUCUCUCUACGCAGCCGUAAUUGUUAAAUGCAUGCCAAACGACAGGUUCUUGGUCGAGUAUAGGACAUUGAGAACUGCAGACAAGACCGAGCUUCUCAGAGAAGAAGUAGAUGUCUCAUGCAUCAGGCACCGCCCCCCUUUCGUCCAACGGGUUUUGCCCUAUGAAUAUUUGGAGAGAGUCGAAGCUUGGUAUAGAGAUGGCUGGUGGGCAGGCCAUGUUGUCCAGGUUCUCAAUGCUUCUAGAUAUAUGGUUCGGUUUACUUAUGGGAAUGAGGACAUGGUGUUCGAACAUUGUAAAUUGAGGCCACAGCAGGAAUGGGUCAACGAUAGAUGGUCUGCUUUGCCUAAGGUCAGUAUAAAUGAUGUUAAAUUGGAGACAAACAAGUGUGACCUGAAGAGAAAACGUGGUAGGAAGAGUUCGGGGCCCAUUUUUGAAAAAGGGAUGGUGGUGGAAGUGAAAAGUGACGAGGAGGGUUACCAGGGCUCAUGGUAUACUGCCACCAUUGUUUGCUCCUUAUGCAGUGAUAAGUAUUUGGUUGAGUAUCAGACUCUGGGAACAGAGGACGAGACGCAACUGCUAAAGGAAAAUGCGCGUGCUUCGUAUAUCAGGCCUUGCCCGCCUGGGAUAAUGCGAUUGGAUCGUUUUAAAAUGCUGGAGGAAGUUGACGCGUGGUAUAAUGAUGGAUGGUGGGUGGGACUUGUUUCAAAUGUCCUUGAUGGUUUGAAGUACGCAGUGUAUUUCUGGACCACGGAUGAGGAGCUCACGUUUGAUCAUUCUAAUCUGAGGCCUCAUCAGGAAUGGAUUGGUGGCAAGUGGAUUGUCUCUUUCAGGAAAAAUCUGAACCUUGUGACGAAGAACAAGUUGGGAAAGUCUAAAGACGACAGACAAAUGGGACCCGAACAACAUUUCACGAGCGGAAUGAAGGUAGAAGUGAGAAGUGACGAGCAAGGAUACAUUGGCUCUUGGUAUCCGGCUGCCAUCAUGAAGGCACUUGGGAACAGAAAGUAUUUGGUCGAGUACCUGACUCUGAAGGCCAAUGAUGAGGAAGCCCAGCUGCACAAAGAGGAAGCAGAUGCCAUUUGCUUGAGGCCACGGCCCCCUGUGUUCCAGAGGAAACAGAAUUAUAAGCCGUUUGAAGAAGUUGAUGCUUGGUACAAUGAAGGGUGGUGGGUCGGUCGGGUGUACCAAGCUCUGGAGGGCAGAAAGUAUUCGGUUUAUUUUGACACGACGAAUGAGAUAUUGGAGUUUCAGCAUUCUCAGUUGAGGACUCAUCGGGAUUGGGUUGACGGGCAGUGGGUCAUUCCAAAGAAGGGUGUGAAAUCUCAUUCAAAGUAA